AUGGUUCUAAAGCGAGCAACGAGAAAGCUCUGCUUAUUUAAAGUCCCUGCUUGCAGGCUGAACGACAGAGCGGUCAAGCUGGCAGCGGCAAAGUGCAGUUGUACAGUUUGUGGCAAACCGCAUCACGUUCUUCUCUGUAGGAAUAACCGAAAGGUAUCUCCCAACAACACUUCUGUUGGUGAAGGUGACGGCGCCUCCACAGUAUGUGAGCAGGCAUUGGCUAAUGUGUCAUCAACUCCACGUGUUUUGCUACAGACUUUGGUUGUGAUUCUGAGGGGAGAGGAAAGGUGUCUCAAAAUCCGUGCAAUUAUUGAUACUGCCUCUCAGAGGUCCUAUAUCUUGAAGAGCACUGCGGAAAGAGUCGGUUACCAACCAAUGAGAAAGGAAAAUCUGAAACAUUCGUUGUUUGGAGGUUCUUGUACGGAUAUUUGCGAACACGAUGUGUACAAGGUACACCUCUCGUGCAUAGACGAUAAAUAUCGUUGUAAUUUCGAUGUAUUAGACCAAUCGACCAUUUGUUUAACCAUUCCCCCAGUUUCCCAGGACCUGUGUCAGGAUGAGUUGUCAAAUAUGGGGAUAUCCUUGAGUGAUUGUCAAGGUCCCAUCGAACUGCUCAUAGGGGCAGAUGUUGCUGGCAAACUGAUGACGGGAGGAAUCCAGAGACUCAAAUCGGGAUUAACUGCUAUUGAAACGAAGCUGGGUUGGACGAUCUUAGGAUGUGCAAAGGAGCAUUCCGUACCAACUGAAGACUUGAUUGUCACUUCGAUGUUAAUUGGAGAUUUGCGAAUUCCUGAUCUUUGGGAAUUAGAUAUUCUUGGAAUAAAGGACCCUGCCGAAAAACAAUCAAAGGAGGAACUGGAACAAGCAUCUAUCGAACAUUUUGAAAAGACACUGAAGAGAGACAGUGAUGGUCGGUAUAUGGUAUCCUUGCCUUGGAUAGAAGGUCGCCAAGCUCUACCAAAUAAUAAGGUUCUAGCCGAGCGAAGAUUAAGAUCAGCAGUGAAGACUUUACAAAAGAAGGGCCUGGUUGAUGCCUAUGAGGGAGUCUUCGAGCAAUGGCUUGAAGAUCAAAUAAUAGAAGAAGUGAAAAACGUUAAAGUGAAGGAGACCAACUGUCAUUACCUUCCACAUAGAGCUGUCAUCAAAGAGCAUUCCACGACGAAGAUUCGUCCAGUCUUCGACGCCUCCGCUAAAGAAAGGGGCAAUGUCUCCUUAAAUGAUUGUUUAGCAAAAGGUCCUAACUACAUUGAACUAAUACCUAGUAUCCUGAAUAAAUUUCGAUUAUUUGAAUACGGAGUAAUAGCUGACAUUCGAAAGGCUUUUUUGCAGAUAGAGAUAAGUGAAGCGGAUCGCAACUUUCUCAGAUUUUUGUGGUGGGAGGGUGGCGACCCUGCGAAAUUGAAAGUUUUCAGACAUCGCAGGGUAGUAUUUGGAGUAAACUCGAGUCCUUUUCUCCUGGGAGCCACUCUAAAUUAUCACUUAAGCCAUGUUCCACAUCAUCUGCAAGAAACAGCUUUAAAACUUAAGAAAUUGAUGUAUGUUGAUAAUUGCGUUAUGAGUUGUCAGUCCAAGGAGGAGCUGAUGGAUUUUAUAAGGCAGUCUAGAGAAAUCAUGCGUUUAGCAUGCUUUGAUUUAAGAGGUUGGGUAUACAAUGGUAUACAAACAGAGACGUCACCGGUUUGCGACGGCGACGAAAGGACAUUGAGAACUUUGGAAAUCCAGCACGAUGAAAUAGUCAGUGUGCUAGGAUUGAAUUGGGAUAUUUCAGAGGACGUUUUAUACUGUAAUGCAAACUUUAGAGUACCUAACGAUGAAAUUUUAACAAAAAGAGUGGUUCUGUCAUUAGCGAGUCAACUUNCGAUGGUGUUUGGAAUGUCGAGCAAUAGAAGAGCUGUCUGUCAUUUAGCGGCAGANGUUUUAUACUGUAAUGCAAACUUUAGAGUACCUAACGAUGAAAUUUUAACAAAAAGAGUGGUUCUGUCAUUAGCGAGUCAACUUUUUGAUCCAAUUGGAUUCCUUUCUCCAGUGACGUUAAUUCCAAAACUUCUGAUGCAAGAGUGUUGGAAAAGAAAGUUAGCUUGGGACACUCCAUUACCGCACGACUUAGAAAGAAGAUUGUUAAGGUGGAUAAAAGAAUUAAAAUUUUUGAAAGAGGUGAAAAUUCCUAGAAGGAUAGUAAAUGACUAUAGAGCAGCUGUCCAAUUUUCAUUUCAUGUAUUUUGUGAUGCGUCACAGUACUCUUAUGCCGCUUGUAUCUAUCUCAGACAGCAAGAUGCUUGCAACGUAAAAUGGCGGUUGAUCCAGGCUCGUACUCGUGUUGCUCCUCUGAAGUCCAUAUCGAUUUCUAGGCUUGAACUUUUAGCCUGUUNUAUCUAA